AUGCGCCUGAAGCUCGGUAUCUGGGCUGGUGGCGACCCCAGCAACGCUCCUGGAACCAUCGAGUGGGCUGGCGGUAAGACCGACUAUGCUGCCGGUCCUUACACCAUGUAUAUCAAGUCGGCCAUCGUCGAGAACAUGCACCCUUCCAAGACCUACACAUACACCGAUGAUACUGGCGAGUGGCAGAGCAUCGACUUCGAUGGCAAAGAUGGUGAGACUCCUGAGGAGACCAUCACCUCCAAGACCACGACCACUAGGCAUAGUUCUACCACUGUUCGACCAAGCACCACGGCCAGCUCUCCUAAGACCACUGGUCCUUCCGGAUCCGCUAGCUCGACCUCUGCCGCUGGGUCCUCCACUCCCACCCCUACUCUCUUCCUUGGUGCUGCCUCUGCUCCCUCUACCUCCACCAUAAGCCGGCUUGCCCUGCUGGGUCUGUUCACUGCUAUGCUGCAGCUAUAA